AUGGUACAAAUCGAUUCGCAUGAAUAUUUGUCGGAAGAAGAGAAACGUCUAAAAGAGGAUCGUGAUAGGACUAAAUACUGGAAGAAAUGGGGUCCCUACGUUGCUGAAAGACAAUGGGCUACAGUGCGAGAGGAUUACAGUGCCGAUGGUGAUGCAUGGAGUCAUUUCCCCCAUGACCAUGCGAAAUCAAGAGCCUUCCGAUGGGGAGAAGAUGGUAUUGCUGGAGUCUCGGACACACAUGGUCUUCAGAACAUUGCCUUUGCCUUCUGGAACGAGGAAGAUGACUCUUUAAAGGAACGUCUCUUCGGAUUGUCGAACCCAGAAGGAAAUCAUGGAGAGAGUAUUAAGGAGGCACAUUUCCACAUUGAUAACACUCCAACGCAUUCAUACAUGAAAUACUUGUACAAAUACCCCCAAAAGAAGUUUCCUUACGAAGAUUUGAUCAAAGAGAACGCUAGACGUGGCAAGGAAGAUAAAGAAUAUCAAAUCCUCGAUACGGGCAUUUUCGACGAAGACCGAUACUGGGAUAUUUAUAUUGAAACUGCGAAAGAUGAGGAUAAUCCGGAUGAGCUCCUCUUCCGAGUUACGGCAUGGAAUCGAGGCCCCGAGCCAGCACCAUUACAUAUCAUUCCUCAUCUCUGGUUUAGAAACACUUGGGCUUGGGGUCAUGAAGCUGAGGAUAAGAAGCCAAAAAUCAACAAGGUUGGGGAAAAUGUUGCCCAUGCUCGUCAUCACAAGCUAGGCGAACGAUACAUGAUCUUGUCUCCUUCUCCUGGUGUUGGACCCAGUGGUGUUGACGUUCAACCCGAAUUAAUCUUUACGGAGAACGAUACAAACAAUGCUCUUUUAUACGACGGAAAGAAUGCUCAGCCAUAUGUCAAGGACGCAUUCCAUCGUUAUAUUGUAGAUCGAGAGAAGAAAGCAGUUAAUCCCAAGGAAAACGGAACCAAGUCUGCAGCUUGGUACAGUUUCAACGAAGGUGGUGGAGUAGCACCAGGAGAGUGUGCAGUGGUCAGAUUCAGGAUGUCCCAGAAGUAUUCCGACUACUUGGAUGAAGAAGAAUUCGAUAAUACCAUGGAUAAGCGAAAGGAUGAAGCCGAUGAGUUUUACUACCGAAUCAGCCCUUUACCAAUGGCCGAUGAUCUUCGAAACAUCCAAAGACAGGCUUUUGCUGGCAUGAUGUGGUGUAAACAAUACUAUCACUUUAUUUGGGACCAGUGGGCGAACGGUGAUCCAGCCCAACCUCCACCUCCACCGGACCGUAAAGCUGUUCGAAACCUAAACUGGAAACAUAUGCAUUUAGAUGAUAUCUUAUCUAUGCCAGAUUCCUGGGAGUAUCCUUUCUUCGCAGCAUGGGAUUCGGCUUUCCACUGUAUUCCACUCGCCAUGAUUGAUCCAGAUUUUGCUAAGAAGCAGCUGGAUCUUUUCACGAGAGAAUGGUAUAUGCAUCCAAAUGGACAGCUUCCCGCCUACGAAUGGAAUUUUGGCGAUGUUAACCCACCCGUUCAUGCUUGGGCUACUUUCCGCACAUUUAAGAUUGAGAGAAAGUUAUAUGGACGUCAAGAUCUCGAUUUCCUUGAGCGAGUUUUUCAAAAGUUACUUCUUAACUUCACCUGGUGGGUCAACCGCAAAGAUUUCGAUGGAAAGAACGUAUUUGAAGGUGGUUUCCUUGGUUUGGAUAACAUUGGUCUGUUCAACCGCUCCGAGCCACUUCCAACUGGAGGUACAUUGGAGCAAGCAGACAGUACUGGAUGGAUGGCUUUCUACUGCCUGUGUAUGUUGAACAUUGCACUGGAGCUGGCUAAGCAUCGUCGAAUCUACGAAGAUAUUGCCUCGAAAUUCUUCGAGCAUUUCAUGCUCAUCAGUGAUGCCAUGACUUAUAAAUCUGGUUCGGCAGAAAAAUCGUUGUGGAACGACGAAGAUGGCUUUUACUAUGAUGCUAUCUCCUAUGGUGGACCUUGGACUCAGCAAUUACCUGUCAGAUCUCUGGUAGGAUUGAUUCCAUUAUACGCCACUCUCACCCUAGAGCCCGAGCUUAUCAACAAACUACCAAAUUUCAAGAAGAGAGUUGAUUGGUUUGUUGAGAAUCGACAUGAUGUUGCUGAACGUAACAUGCACAGUAUCCAGAAGAGAGGAAAGGGCAACCGAAUCUUGUUAUCGCUUGUGAGCAAGGAUCGUCUAGAGAAGAUUCUGAAGCGCAUGUUGGAUGAAGACGAGUUCUUGAGUGAACAUGGUAUCCGAUCCUUGUCAAAAUAUCAUGAUAAGAACCCAUACUCGAUGAACGUAAAUGGUCAAGAAUUCAAGGUUCAAUACGUACCGGGAGACUCGGACAGUGGCAUGUUCGGUGGCAACAGUAAUUGGAGAGGCCCAAUUUGGUUGUGUGUCAACUUCUUGCUCGUUGAGUCGCUACAACGUUUUUACAUGUUCUACGGACCUUCAUUGAAAGUAGAAUGUCCAACUGGAUCAGGAGAUAUGAUGCAUCUUGGUCAUGUUUCUGAAGAGAUCCAACAUCGACUUCAACAUCUCAUGGCUCGCGGCGAUGACGGACGUCGUGCUAUUAACGACGGUAAUGAUACUUUGGACUUCGAUCCUAACUGGAAGGAUAACUUAUGGUUCUAUGAAUUCUUUGAUGGGGACAGUGGUCGUGGUUUGGGUGCUACGCAUCAAUGUGGUUGGACUGGUUUAAUCGCUAGAAUGAUCCACGAUACUGGAAUCUCUUGCCGUCUCCCACAAACCCCCCGUACCCCAUCCUCGGGAAUGAACCAUUACUUCGACGAUAUUUUCACACGUCACGUCGCCACCGGCCCCAACGCCAAAUCCCAAAAGUCGCCCAGACCAUAUCAUCUCCGUCGUACCUCUACAGCUCGCUCUAUAGGUGCUCGCUCGGAUUUUGGUGAUCACGAUCAUGAACAUGAUGAUGAAGAACAGCGGGAACGUGAGGGAAGUGUGGCGCCGAUGGAUGAGCAGCGAAUGAGAGAGAGGGAAGAGGCUGAUAUACAUGUGGCGAAUUAUGUUAGUGAGCAGUUGCAUCGUGUGAGAAGUCAUGAUAAUGCGUGGGGGGACAAUAUAGCGGAUGAGUUUGAGGCGCAGCUGGAUGAAAAUUAG